AUGGAGGUGGUCUGGAAUGCCGACUGGAAGUGCCCGGACAUGGCCCUCUCCGACGUGUGGGGGGUGGUGAACAGCGAGCAGAUCGACCGGUGGUUCGGGGGGCUCGAUUCAAGGUCGGGGAUCACCUACAACUACAACUGGGGCGACUUCCUGUACGAGGGUCCGUCGGGGGGUCCGCCUGUCCAACGGCGACGGAGGCAUCGGAUCUACAACCCCGACACCGACACAUCCGUGGCCAUCGAGGACUGCAUCGACGACUCGGUGUCCGAUCACAGCUUGAACGGCUUCAAGAGCUACAUCGUGAGCCUGGAUGACGUCUCGCAGUACUUCCGCAACCACCUGAUGCCGGUGAUGAGGUUGGUGCACACUUCGCAGCCCCCGGCCUUCUGCUCCCGGUUCAUCAUCGAGCUGGCGAGGCUGAAGGCCCUGCUCUACGUGGGGGAUAUCGCCCCGGACAUAUCCGUCUCCCAGCAGAUCGCGGACCAGCGCACGACCGUGGACCUGUGGCGGCUCCGCUGCAGGACUCAGAGAAUCUUCUAUAAAAUCGAAGCACGCGCAACGCCCGACACUCCCUCCCAUCCCAUGCCAAUUUACGGACGUACGAAAGAAUUGUGGAUUUCCAAGCAGUACCAUAUGAUCGUUGACAGCGGUAACGAUACGGAGGACAACCAAUUCACCCUCAUCACCGACGAUCCAGAGCUCUGUGAGCUGAUCGAGAAGAUCCUCCAACACAGCCUCACGGUGAGGAGGGGGGAUGCGAACAGCGAGAGGCUGGCGGUGAAGCUGUUCAAGAACAACGACCUCUUCGAGUUCGAGAGGGACAACAACGAAUACAUAUGGGGGCUGAUGAAGAGGAGGAACGAGUACAACAUGCACGUCUCCCUCUGGAGGGGAUACGGCCAGUUCAACUCCAAGGGCAACGACAAGCUGAUCGCGUCGGUGGGGAGCAACAGGCUGCAGAGCAUCGUGGACUCCUUCAAGAGCAUCGCCUCCUACCUGCCGAUGCUGCAUGCGCACGGCGUCUUCCACACGGACCUGAAGCAGGACAACCUCACCAUAGACAGCGAGGGUCGCGCGUUCCUCAUCGAUUGGGGGAACGCCUUCGUCGAGAAGAUCAUCGACGAUUACAUGAACCGCGAUAGCACCUUGAUACAACCACCUGCCAUGCCCAAGGCUCGUGCCGAGGUCCGUGCUCAACAAGAUCAUGAAGCUCACGGACAACCGCGGCGAGUACCCGAUCAUAAGGAACCAUGA